AUGGUGACUGACUUUGAUGAAAUACAUGAUGAAUACUUAAUAUCCCUUCAGCAGAGAAACCGGCUACUGGAACGUUUAAAAAGAAAAGAUCCUAUACAAGCCAAACUGGAGCAGUUAGAACAAGGUUUUUCUCUGUAUCUGAAUGGGGCUAAUUCAGAGCUGAGGAAUUACCACAGAAGAAUCAGCUCUCAUGGCUACCCUAAAAAAGAGAUAAAGCCCUGCAGGACAAAUGCAGCAGCCCAGCUAGAUGACAGCACACAGGCUGCACCAGGCAAAACGCAGCGCAGGGGUUGGCUGCAGAAAGCUGUGAAGAUCAAAACACAGAGAGGGGCUAAACUCUGCAUUAGACCUCCUGUUGAAUACUCUGAGGAUUUUGAACCUUAUGAAAGCCUGAGCCUGGAGACAGAUGGGGAUGAUCCUCUCCAUGACUCCCAGAAAUUGAGAAGAAGCUUGCAGCUCAGCGUAGAAGAGAAAAGGAUGGAGGAAGACUCUUUUAGUGAUGAUGAUGAUGACUCUAUUGAAGAGGAUGUGCCUUCAGAAUCAUCUUCUGCCGAGGAAACAAUUCCCAGCUUUGAAGACCUUCAGUUGCAUAGCAAUAGGUUCCUGCAGAAAGAAGCUUCUGAGCACCAGGAUGCUGGGAGAUGCUCUGGCCUUGAUUCUGGUGCCCACAGUGUGCUGGAGUUCAGGCAGGAUCAAAGCAAGGUGAAGUCACUGCGAGUCCUCUCUGCAAAAAGAAAAGAUAAUGCUGAGAUGUACAUUCCUGCCAGCCCAGCUGCGGGGCAAAACGCAAUCACUCGGCCACUCUCUGCUGAGGUCUUGCACCAGGAAAGACAUGAAAGAAUUUGUUCCAGACCCCUAAGUCAACCAGAAAGACUGCUUUCAGCAACAAGAAAGAACGUGUGUGAGAGGGAUCCUGACCUCUCUGUUUCAGAUGUGAUUAAAGCAAUGCAAGUGGAAAAUCAAGUCUUGCAGAGAGAGCUGCAAAAACAGACAGUUUCCACAAGCCCCCAAAAGAAACAAUUUUCUCUAUCCUCUGUUGCUUCUGUAAUGGCUGAACCUCCUGAACAUGGCCAGACAAGGACUGCAGUCACCAAAGCUGCUGAGGGGAUGUGUCCUUUUGGAAGCAGACAACAGAAGAAACUUCUGAAAAGCCUUCUGGAGCCUGAGAGCCAUUCUGCCUGUGAUAAUGACACAUUUCUGUCCGAUGACAAAUCAGAAGCAGCUUCCAUGCUGAGAGAGAAGAUGACAAGCAGGAUGGAAGUAUCUGAUGCCAUUUACGUGACUAUGGAACUUCUUUCUAACUGGGGAAAUCCAGUGAAUGUGGGCCUGAGCCAGGUGGAGUUCUUUGAUUUGUACAACAGAAAGAUAUUUGUGUCUCCUCAUGAUGUGGAUAUUCGGAACGCUGACAACCGAGGGGAUUUGUGCUGCUUGGUCAAUAAGACCUUAAAUAUCACAGAGGAAAGCUCCCUUUGGAUGUGCCCUUUCCAUCCACCCCUCCAACUUUACUUUGUUAUCCGCAAUCCCACCCAGUCACGUGACUUUGGUAUAUCCAAGAUCAAGAUUUGGAAUUACAACACAACAGCUCCUGGUGACCUUGAUGUUGGAGCAAAGAAGGUGAAGUUGUAUAUUGACAAGAACCUUGUGUUUGAUGGUGAAUUAGAGAGAGCCUCUGGAGAUCUCCUUGCUGACCAUAGCACUACAAUUGACCUUAGGGAUCACAAGCAAGAUACCUCUACGUGUUUUUCAAAUGAAAGGAAAGAAGUGAUUGCUCCUGCAGUCACAGAGAAGGAAACAGACCCACAUGUGAAAUACUUGCACUCAAACAGUGCUUCACUCAGCUGGAAAUCUCUGCCAGCAGAAAAUCUCGAGCAUCAGAUGAACUCAAACAGCUCUACAAAGAAAAGAUUAGCUGAGUUAGAGGAUGAUCUAAAAGUCUCCCCAUCUCAGGUUGGUAGAAAAGAUGCCAAAGAGGACACAGCAGUACAGGCAGUUGCAGGGCAUGUUCAAUCUGAUGAUGAACUUUCUUUGAGCAAGCAAAUGGAGAAGCUCACAGGAAGGAAAUUGUCUGAUUCUGCAGGUGCAACUCCUUCUUGGUUACAGUCUUCUUCCCAGGUAACAGAGAGUAACCAAGUUACUUCCAGCAAGCAGAAGCCCCCCUGGCUUGCCACAGAGCCUUGUGCAGGCUUCAGAUUUCAAACACAGUCAGAUGGGAGCACCAAAAACUUGAAAGAUCUGACUAAUGAAGAUGUCAAACUGCAGAGAAAUGAACUGGGCAGAUCCAGUAGCAGAAAUGCAAAUGGAAAUGAGAGGUCACAGAUGCUCACCAGAAAGGAUGCUGAUGUGGGUUCAGACAUUUCAGAGCAACUUUCUAGCAAAAACUGCUGCAGCUCACAGUACCCUACAAGUGGAAGGAGAAGUGCCAGGUGUAUGAAAAGGGCAGGAUUAGACACCAUGAAUCUUGGAGAAGAUGAUUCUGCUCUCAAAGAUGAAGACUUCGCUGUCAAGGACAUAGCAGCCUCUAGAGCCAAGUGGCACAGUGAACAGGAACACACCCUGCAGGAGUCCUGGAACUCCCUGGUGAAGUUUAAUUAUUCCCAUCGUGGCCGAAUCUCUAACAUGGAUUUUCAAGGGGAUAUCUUUGAUGAGUUCCUCCAUCAGCAGAAAAUCAACAGGCCUGGAGACUAUCAGCAAACAAAAAAAGAGGGACUGCAAACGCUACCAAAAAGGCAAGAAGAAAAUUCUUUGGAGGCACAUGAUGGAAAUGACUUCAAAAUUCCUGUGUUACCUUAUGGACAGCACUUGGUGAUAGACAUUCGAACAACAUGGGGAGACAGACACUACGUUGGUCUGAAUGGGAUUGAAGUUUUCAGUUCUAAAGGAGAGCCUGUUCAGAUUUCCAAAAUAACAGCUGAACCACCUGAUAUAAAUAUUUUACCAGCUUAUGGCAACGAUCCCAGAGUAAUAACCAACCUCAUUGAUGGGGUACAUCGGACUCAGGAUGAUAUGCAUCUCUGGCUAGCACCAUUUACUCCUGGAAAACCUCACUUCAUCUUUAUUGACUUUGUGAAUUCCUGUCAAGUAGCUAUGAUUAGGAUUUGGAAUUAUAAUAAAUCUCGCAUCCACUCUUUCAGAGGGGUGAAAGACAUGAUAAUGCUGCUAGAUGAACAGUGCAUCUUUAAAGGAGAAAUUGCAAAGGCUUCGGGAACCUUGUCUGGAGCUCCAGAGCACUUUGGGGAUACUAUAUUGUUCACAACUGACGAUGAUAUUCUGGAAGCUAUCUACUGCUAUGAUCAGACAUGUGAUGGAGAAAUGGAAAAUGCCAGCUCCUUGAGAUAUGAGGAAGAGCUGAAGAGGCCAACAACUGCUGACAGGGAGGGAGAUGAAAGACCUUUUACACAAGCAGGGUUAAGAACAGAGAAUCGGCAGGUUCAAGAGGCAGAGCUUCUCUCUGAAUGCAUACCCAAGGAAUCAGGAAUGUUUACUGGAAAAUGUCUGCAGCUGAAUUUUACCAUGACCUGGGGAGACUCUCAUUACCUUGGCCUGACAGGACUUGAAGUGAUAGGAAAGAAUGGUCAGACAUUAAAAAUAACUACACAACAGAUUUCUGCUUCACCCCAAGACUUAAACGAUCUUCCAGAGUACACAGGAGAUUCCAGAACACUGGCAAAGUUAAUAGAUGGGACUAAUAUCACAGUGGAGGAUGACCAUAUGUGGCUCAUUCCCUUCUCUUUUGGAGAAGAUCAUCUGCUCACCAUCCAUUUUGAUAAAAUUGAAAGCAUUGCAGGGCUUCGCUUUUGGAACUAUAAUAAAUCUCCUGAGGAUACCUAUAGAGGGGCUAAGGUAGUCCAUGUGUUGCUGGAUGGUCACAGCAUCUCCCCACCAGAAGGCUUUCUUAUCCGCAAGGGACCAGGCAACUGCCAUUUUGACUUUGCUCAAGAAAUUCUCUUCCUUGACUACCUGCAGCCCCAGCUGAUUAAUAAAGUGCAAAGGAGACCUGGGGCAAAGAGAAUGGAACAAGCCAGUAUGGACUAUGAAGCACCCUUAAUGCCAUGUGGUUUUGUUUUCCAGUUUCAGCUUCUGACAAGUUGGGGUGAUCCAUACUACAUUGGUUUGAAUGGACUUGAGUUAUUCAAUGAACAUGGAGGCCAAAUCCUGCUCACUGAAAGCAAUAUUGCUGCUUUUCCAGACAGUGUCAACAUUUUAGAAGAUGUAUCUGGAGAUGUCCGAACUCCAGACAAACUAAUAGACAGAGUGAAUGACACGAUUGAUGGCAGACACAUGUGGCUUGCACCAAUCCUUCCUGGUUUGGUGAAUAGGGUUUAUGUCAUUUUCGAUGUACCUACCACUGUGUCAAUGAUCAAGUUGUGGAAUUAUGCCAAAACACCUCAGAGAGGCGUGAAGGAAUUCGGUCUUCUGGUGGAUGACUUGCUUGUCUACAAUGGGAUUCUGGAUAUGGUGAGCCAUGUCGUGUCAGGCAUCCUUCCAACCUGCGACCCAGUGGUUCCCUAUCACACCAUUCUCUUUACAGAUGAUGAGAAGAUUUGCCAUCAGGAGAAAAGAACUGUUAUUAGCAAUCAUGUGGGAGAUCAGGAUGUACGAAUGAUGAAUGAAAAUGAGGUUGUCACCAACAGCAAAAAGAAGCAGGUUGUGGCUGAUCCAGCUUUACGUCCAAAAACCUGCAUAUCUGAAAAAGGGCUGCAGAGGAGGAAGAGAUAA